UAUAGGCGGUCUUCUUCAAGUGGUACAUCUCCCAGUUCUGAACAAUUAGCAGCUGAUAAACGAAUCUGUUAGCGUAUCUUUCACUCUUCAUUGGUGAACGAGGAUUCGUGGUACUAGAGCGUGUGAUAGUGGACGGGACUUUUAUUAUCUUAACAGAACACAAUCACAGUGUGUGGAAUACCUAACUGCAGCAUCGAAAGCUUGUGCUCUGUUCUGCAACUUUAAAGCACGACAGCAAGAAGCCUACGAGUAUUAAAGGUUUUACUAGAGCCCAUAAAGAUGAAUGCCGCUCCUUCUGUGUCCUGAACAGUCACACAAUGAGGGAGGUGACCUUACCAGUAAAUUGAAAGCUUUGCAGAUUAAUACAGAGGCGCUAAAGAGGACUGACUAUAUUCAGUGGGAUGAGUAUUUUAUGGCUGUUGCAUUUUUGACUGCAAUGAGAAGCAAAGAUCCUUGCUCUCAAGUUGGAGCUUGUAUUGUUAACAAGGAGAAGAGAAUUGUAGGUGUUGGAUACAAUGGUAUGCCAACUGGUAUAACUGAUGAUGAUUUACCAUGGCGUAAAGAAGCAGAUGACCCACUUGAAACUAAAUACAUGUAUGUUUGCCAUGCAGAGAUGAAUGCCAUUAUGAACAAGAACAGCACAAAUUUAGCUGGAUGCACAAUGUAUGUUGCCCUCUUUCCAUGCAAUGAGUGUGCAAAACUAAUAAUUCAGGCUGGCAUUAAAGAGGUCAUUUUUCUCUCAGAUAAGCAUAUGCAUAAACCUCAGACAGUUGCCAGCAAGUUGAUGAUGGAUAUGGCUGGAAUUUUGUACAGGCAGUACACACCUGUUAAAAAGAAGAUAGCUUUGGAUUUUAUGAUGAAUAAUGGUAUAAGUGGGAAUUCUGUUGAAAAUAUGGAAGACUCUUCCCAGUGCUACACAGUAAAAGGUGAAGAUCCAUCCAUAUUGAUAGAAAGAAAACGAGAUAUUAAUAAGAAACGAGAAGAUUAUUUAGCUUGGGGUGAAUACUUCAUGGCAUUAGCCACGCUGUCAGCUCUUCGAAGUAAGGACCCAUCCACUCAGGUUGGUGCUUGUAUUGUGAAUGACGCUAACAAGAUUGUUGGAAUUGGAUAUAAUGGAAUGCCGCAAGGAUGCUCUGAUGAUGUUCUUCCAUGGGGUAAAAGCAGCCCUGACAAACUUCAAGUAAAAUACAUGUAUGUGUGCCAUGCUGAAGUAAAUGCUGUCAUGAACAAGAACUGUGGUGAUGUGUAUGGAUGCACCAUAUAUGUUGCAUUAUUUCCUUGCAAUGAGUGUGCAAAAAUUAUCAUUCAAGCUGGAAUUAAAAAGAUAGUCUACUUGAGUGAUAAAUACAAGGACCUACCUGAAGUUAUUGCUUCCAAGAAAAUGCUAGAUUUAGUUGGAAUUCCAUAUGUUGAAUACAGUUUGCCAAGAAAGAAAGUUUUGAUCGAUUUUGACACUAUUAACUGGAAUAGCAAACCUUAGAGAUUCUUUGUUGUAAUGUUAUGGACAAGUUUACGUUCUUGUUGGAAAUCAUAUGUAAGUUUAGAUACUAAAAAUUACUAGUAAGAAAGCCUGUAGAUUUAUUUCUUGCGAAUCUUUGGGAACUAAAUAAUUUGUAAGUUAUACUGGUAAAUAUUUGCCUCUGGUAUUAAAAUCAGUUCAUUGAUUAAAGUGUAAAUGAUAAAAAAAAGAAUGUUACCAACAGCAUACUAAUAAUUGACCGGUUUUUUUUCAUCCUUUGUCUAAGAAUAGUACAAAGCUAUAUCAGUAAGAAGCUAGUAUAUCUUAGCAUUAGUUUUUCAUAUAAUUCUGCUUUUGUACUAUAGUUAUUACGUACAGUGCUGUGGAUGUCUGUUAGGUGUUAUUUUAAUGUUGGAAAAUUUGUAUUUAUGGGGACGAUUUUACUUCAUUAUAUGUAUUGUUGAAUGAUUUUAGCUUUAAAUAUUUCUGUUUGUAAUGAUAGCUCUGGAGGUGUAUACCUCAUAAAUCUGUAACUUGCUAUAUUUUGCAUCUUAUUUUAGACUACCAGCCUUUAAUAUUUUAGUUAGUGACUUAAGCAUAAUGACUAUUUGAUUUUCAAAAAAUAAUGUAUAACAGUAAGAAUUUUUAUUGACGUGCUAUUAAAGCAUAUGCAUUUUAGUGUCUGUCAUCUUUGUUAUUUGUGAAGGAAUUCUUUGAAGUAUCCCUUUGGGCCUGGUUGCCUUGCUUUUUAUACUGAAUUUGACAUUUUAUUUUCUCUCCCAUUUCAUAGUCUAAGUUUUUAAACUUAAGUUUGCUUCAUUUUCACUUCUAAUUUAAGAAAUCCUUCAGAGAAGCCUCAUGAACAUUUUAUUAUAAGGUUAUAAAUAGGAUCAAGUGCUCUAUCAUUAUGAAUUAGUUUAAUCAGACCACUAAGUCAAAUGUUUAGACUCGCAGAGCUGGCUUAGUGAAUGUUUUUCUUGAAUGAAGGGUUAAAAUUGUAGCAAAACAAAAUUUUAGUAUUUAGGCACUUUAUAGUCAUUCUUUUUACUGUCACUUUUGUAGGUCAGGUGAUAAAUUGUGGCUCCAUUUAACAGUCUAUGAAAGUGAUAACUUUUAUGAAUUUACCCUACAUAAAUGUAUUAGAUAGUCUCAGAAAAACCUAAUGGGUAAUGUUGAUGCUGUAUUCCAUAUGUUUGAGAAAAUACUUAAAUAUGGAAAUUGUUAUAAAAAAUAUCUGUAGCUGCCUCAUCUUAAAUCCCUAGAUAUUUUGUUAAAAGAUUGUAAUAAUUAUUAGUACUAAAAUAUGCUGUGAUGUAAAAGACUAAUUUCUGGGAUACCUAGUUUUGCAGGGUGUAAUGUUGUAAGAAAAGCUUUGGAGUUUCCCUCUCACAUGAAAGAAUAAGUUGGUAUUGCGACUCCAAAUAAAAUUAGAAUUCGAAUAUUGGUUUUUUUUACACUUUCUGAAUUAGUAAAUGACAGUUAAUUAUGAAAUUUUGUCCCAGAGAUUAUGGAGUAAAGGAAAACAUGACAGCCUUGGAUAAUGUACUAGGUUUUUCACAUUUUUUACAUUUUUUUUUAAAUAUACAUUGUUAGAUAAAAAAUAAUAGUUAAGAAGUUAAAAACAUUCUUGCAGAGAAACUAACUGGACUGAACAACUGUAUCCCUGUAUUUUCUGUUCCUUAGGUUAUUGACAGUCCAAGCAGUAUAAACCGACUGCAAAAAUGGCAGUGUUACAAAUACCCACUAAACUCAGUAGCAAGAUUUGCAGCUGGAACAUAUGAAAAAUAAAGUAAUGCAGCCAAGGCAAAAUUAGAUGCUGUAAAGAACCUUCUAUACUACCUAUUGAGUAUCAUUUAAGUCACACUGUAGACAAAGCCAUUCCAGAAAUGUGUAUGGUAUGUUACCUACUUUUGUUGGUAAGAAGGAUGUUAAGCAAUCCCAGCUGGGAAUAGCCUCCAACUUUAUGUUUGCAAUGCUAGCAUUCAUAUUGGAGGUAGAUAUUUUUCAUAUUUUUGGUAAUUGGGUGUUGUUGCCAUCUUUUAAGGUUUUUGUUGAUGUAUGGAUGAUUUAGGUAACAAAGAUUUCAUGGUCUUGAUUAAAAGAUGGUAUAAACUAUUCAAGAAACAUACUUUCCCCAAGCAUGCAUUAGGUGAAGUUCAGCGCUGUUAUUUCCUUUGGUGGUUGACUUUUCAUUUUGUAAUGAAUGUCACAAGUAAAAAGCAAUGGAGAUUAUAAGUGAACAGCAGCUUUGAUUUUUUCAAACCAGAAAGGCAAUUUGUCUCAUUUUGUGAGCACUGUUAGUAUUCAAUCAAUUUUUGCAUGAUUUUUAUAUUUUACAUUAGGUUUUUGUGUUUUAGGCAACUGUAUACUAAUACAAUACUAUUUGUUUGUUCAUAUAAAACCUAUUUACCAUAGAGAGAUCUCAGUUUUAGUCUGAAUGUUUCCAAAUAGUAUACAAAUUCUGAAAUUUUCAUAAAUGUAGUUUGAACAAGUGUUGCAUGUGUCUAUGGCCCAUUGGUUGGUAGUACCUAUCCUCCUCGUGUUUCUGAAGUCUCCAUAAUGUAAACAUCAGUCGCCAAGUUUUGUUUGGCAGUUUAGGUUCUACAGCAAAUAAAGUGCAAACGACGUCUAUUGUUCUUUGGACUGAUGCUAGUAUGAAAAAGAGAAGAGAAAUGAAAGCAGAUGAUAGCAUGUUCAUGUAUGUUAGGAAGGCCACAGACUAUCAAAUGUCAGUAUGCAUCAGAGAACAUUGGUGUAAAUAUUUUAGAUGGAUGAAUAUCAAACUAUUAGCCAAUCCUUCCACCUUAGCCAUACAUUUUCAAAUUGUUCAGUUGGAUGAUCAUAUGGUAUGUUUUAUAGUGCGUGGCCUGCUUUACAGGAAUCACUGGGACUACUAUUCGUAUGCGCUGCAUGCUGCAUAUUUUGUAAAUUUUGACGUUUUUCUUAUUUUUGUAAUAUUUUUUGCUUCUAUUGUAAAUGUGGAUUAUUGUACUUUGCACCUGUUGUAAGAUGACACCUAUCUGUAUAGACCAAACCCCUUUUACUUUACAUCCUGUGGACUACAGCAUGUAAGCAGAUAAUGCCAGGGUUAUGGUCAUGCAUCAAUGUUUUAAGUUCUGCACAAGAUCGAAGACCUAAGCAGUUCCACUGAAGGAUGUCGAAUGAGAAGGUUAUUUAUUUUUUGAGGUUGGAGCUCCUUGUCUUUUCCUGCUUAUGAUUGGAUGAAAUUUUAUUUGAUUCACUAGGUCUUGUUAAUUUUUUACGUGAUCCACCUCCUGAGAUGUGGUCUGAGGGAGAUUGAUUAUCUAAUUUUGAGUGGUUCUUUGGAUCUGACUGACAUGUCGAUUUGGACACAAAUUUCUACAUCCAUCAAGUGAGCAUCUUGCUCUGUACUGGACAGAAUUGAUUGACACUACUGGUGGACAACAGGUAGAACUUAUUGAGUCGGGUGAAGUUUUUGCAUCAGAACAUGAUGCAGACAAUGCCAAUUUUUCAGAGGCUGUGAGGUUAGCAAUGGCUUUGAUGGAACAUCUAGAUUUUCAUUCUUGUUUGCAGUCUCAACUACCUGUCUGUCUUGGAAGGUCUGUAGACUUCGUUUCUGGGUCAUUCUAUUUUUUAUUCGUUGCUCCUUAGGUGUUGUCUUAGCAGGUAUCCUAUCUUCGGUAGCAGAUGAUGUAAACUUAGUGUCUCGUUCUGUUGCUGCAGACACUGUGACUAAGGAAGCUGAAGGUUUAGAAGGAGUUGGAUUUUGAUUAUUUUUUGUAAUUAUUUUUCUUGCAGUUUCCUUCUUUUCUUUAAGUUUCAUAUUUUAUAUUGCUGUUGCAUAUGAACUGUUUUCUUUUCUGUUUGCGCCUAAUAUUUGUCUUUUGGCGCUACCAAAUCCGCAGUUUCCACUACUUCCUUUUCAAAUUUCUUCCUUGGGCACUCUUUCAAAGACGGUGAAUGCUCGCCAUCACACAAAAAGCAGAACAAAUCUUUUAUGGCAUGUGGUAUUUGGUUCAUGAUUGUCUGAGCAUCUGUGGCUCAGUUGGCUCUUCAGACAAUAUUCACUUAAAUGGCCAUACUCAAAGCAUCUUCUACAUUAUUUUGAAGAUGGUUUAAAUCUUCUGACUCACAUUCUUACAUGGUCUCCAAAGCUAAUAUAGUCAGGGAGGUACUCUGAGGAGAAGUUUAUCAAAAUGUCAUUAUUCGUUCUGUUAAUUUUCUUGACUUGAUAUUACAUUUGGGGGACUUCUGCUUAAUAUUUUGUUGUCUAUUAAACCAAAUAAAUCUUUAGAGUGUAUUACUCCUUUAGUGUGAUUGAAUGAUUUAUGAGGGGAUACUGAGGCUAUAUUUGAUUUUUGAGAUGGCAGAAAAGCCUGUAACAGUCUGCUUUGUAUUAUAUUCUUAGCUUUAACACGAAUGCUCCGUCCGUAUUUUUUUAUAUUAUUAGGAGG